GCAACAACCAAAGCAGUCAAGGAUGUGUGGUAUUGGUGAGAAAGCUGACAGACGUCCUAUAGAUCCACCACCAAUAAUUCAGUUAAAGGUUUACGAUGAUAGUCUACCGCAAUCUGAGAAAAACUCAUUUCUUCAGAAUCCUUAUUUCUUCAUGUACGCAUCCCUCGUAGCUCCUGAUACUAAUGAAGAAUUGCACUUACUUCGCGAUGGUAAAACACGUUCCACAACUGGAUCUGUUGUUUCUUCUCUAUGCCAUCUCAAAGAUACCGAUAAUUCUGAUGCGGGGUUUUUCGUAUUUCCUGAUUUGUCUGUGCGUAUGGAGGGGACUUAUCGUCUUAAACUAAGUCUAUUUGAAAUAGUUGCUCGAGAAGUAUUUCAUUGCAAAUCAAUAUUUUCCGAAGUCUUUGUCGUAUAUUCUGCAAAAAGAUUUCCCGGUAUGGAAGAGUCAACAUUUUUGUCAAGGUCUUUUGCUGAUCAAG